ACCCUAUUUUCUCUCUCUCUCUAAGCUCACUCUCUCUCUACAGUCUAGCUCACUUCUUUCCACUGUAACAGAGAGCGAGAAAAUGCGUCUCGAUUCUCAAGGCAUAGGCAUAAGGGGGGCAUUUUGCAGAGCUUGUCCCAGAGUGUGAUCCCUACAAACCCCACAGCUCUCUCAGAGAGGACCACCCUUUCUCUCUCUACGCCGCACGCACCCCCAUGAUCCCCGACCCCUACUCUCGUAGAGAGACACAGAGAUCCCCUUCUCUCUAUUUCAAUAAUUAAUCAAAAUCACACCACCGGCGUCAAAUCUGGCCGCUCCUCCGCUGAUUCGGGCGCCCCCUCUUCACUGCUAUUUCAAGAGAGAGAUUUGCACUCUCUCUCUCUCUCUAUCUUUCUCCUAAAAGGUUAAAAACCCGGGGCCUCUAAUUUUAGAGAGAGAGAGAAUAAGAUCUUUGCCUGAGAUCCCUCAAAACCCUAAAAAUGGUGCAAAUAUGAACCCCUCCUUUAAUGGCAGCUUAUCCGCUUCUUAUUGAAUGCAAUAAAAAGUGGGAAUAGUCCUUAUCUUCCCUCUAAACCAUUAUCCGUUGGUCCUGAAACCGCCUGUUUACCUACCCCCUGUUUUCGUGUUGCUUCGCCUCACAUAAUACUCCUCUCUCACUGUGACCAUACACUUAACACCAGCUGCUCCCUCAAUACGUCUCGAAUCAAGUACCCUAGAAACCGCUUUCAUUUGCGCUGCAAUGGAGUUCGAAUAUUUUUGAUGCUUUUGUUUAGCAAUGUGUGACGAUGUCUGAUGCUUUUGGGCUUUGAUCAGUUACCACUUUCAUUAUUUUCUGGAUCUGCAACUUUUUGGUGCAAUGGAGCACGAAAUGGAGCUCAUUAACCUUGUUGGAGCUGAACAACCAGUGAGGAAGAGAAAUGGACGAGGGUUGAGGACCCAACAAGCAGGGAGAGGCUUUUGCCGUGGAAGCUAGCUCAGCUGAGAGCUCUGCUUUCUUUUGCUUUCUAUUUUUUCAGAGAAGAGUUCAGUAAUAAUAAAAGCUGAUCAAGUUGAAGACCCCCCUUUCCCCAUUGCUGCUUAAAAUGAGUUCUCCUGUUAAAGAGACGCUUAAAAGCCUCUGCAACAAUUAUGGGUGGUCUUAUGCUCUGUUAUGGAAGUUCAAGUACCUCGAUCCCAUGUUGGUGAUGUGUGAAGACGCCUAUUACGCGUCACCAGAAGAUCAAUUAGAAGUCUCCAAUUGCUCCUCACUUACCACAAUCAAACCCAGACCAUCUCAUAGUUUCUCAAAGGAUAUUAUUGAAGCUCAUGUCAAGUGCGAAACCGACAACGAAAUUGGUUCAAUGGUUGACAAAAUGCUCCAUCAAGUCCACGUGGUAGAAGAAUGCUUAAUUGGGCAUGUUGCUCAUACUGGAAAGCAUCAAUGGGUAUUCCAGGAUAGCUCCACUGAGAAAGGAAGUUUAGCAGGCUAUGCUGAUCAGCAAGCUCACUUCCAAAAUGUUACUGCAUUGGGUCAUCAGUUUUCAGUUGGAAUUAAGACAAUUGUAGUCAUUGAUGUGGCCUCACUUGGAGUGGUUCAGCUUGGUUCAAUCAAGAAGAUUAUGGAAAACAAAGAGUUUAUAGCCCAUGUAAGGAGUUUAUUUCUACAGGUGAAUAGCGUACAAGAGGUUCUCUCUGCGAGUGCACAAAAAGCUUCAAACCCCACAAUUCAUGCUAUUGCUACACAGAGAACCUCUGCCUCUGAAACACCCUCUCGAAUAUCCAGUUCCAAACGAGAUUGUGCUGUACCUCUAUCCUUUGGCCCCUUCAAAGAGAUUGAUGGAAAGCAUUCAAUCACUUUGACACAACCAUCCAACUCUGGCAUUAUCAAGCCUCAGAAAGGCAUAGAACAUCAGAUUUCGUCAUCAAGAGUAACAUGUACGUCUGCUCAUGUAGACAUCAUCUCUGGUUAUCCAAACAUGGAGUCAAACAUGAGAAAUCUCAGAUUGAAUCUCACAAGCCAAUUACCAACUUCCAAGACCGAAGCUCAAGUUAUCAUACCCUAUCCUAACUUGAAUCUACUUCAAGACAUGCCACAUUUUAAUCCAAAUCCUAAAAUGGAUAUGGUGCAAUCGGCUUCAUGCUUAGCUUCUGAGGCAAAUUGCUAUGCCUCUUUGGCUUUGUUGGAGCAAGAACUUAGGUCUAGAAUGAAACGUCAAGAAGAUGUGAAUAUGUUCUCUGCUAUUACCACUGAUAGCUGCCUUUCUCAAAAUCCUCUUCCCAACUCUCAGGCAGAGAGCAUUCCAAGUUUGUCCACGUAUGGCACUGUUGGGUCAUUUGAUGCUGGAAAUGAUACAUGCAUCCUUGAAAGUGAUAGGCCUUAUUUGUAUCCUGGGAAACAUGUGGAUGCCCAGAUUUCUUCUUCACCUUUUCAAGGGAUUGAAUGUACAGGCUCUGGUAACUCACCCAAGGUAUCAGAGGACUUAAGACAAAGAAGCAACAAACCUUCUCUUUCUAGACAAAACCUAGGGAAUAUCGGUAGUAGCACAUGGACCCCUGGACAGCCAGAACAGGUUGGUGAUAGCUCAAUGGACUCACUGGGUAAUACCAUUUCUCAAUGUCUUGGCAUGGAUUCUCUAUUUGGUUCAAUAGAAUCACAGGAUCAAAAUUGGCUGAGGGAUAUGCUAACACAAAACAUACCUCAGAGCAGCUCCUUAACCAGCUCGCAUCAAUUAAAAGAAAACCCAAAACUCAAUGCUCAUAAUUCUGAUGGGGUCCGAGAGACCUCUUCGAAUGGUCCCAUGCUACCAUUUGGGGUUGAUGAGCUCUUUGGCACUUUGGGUUGUGAUUUACGAAACAGUAGUGAACAAGCGCGUUGGGACAAUGUUCUACUGCCCACAGCGGAAGGAAAUCUCCCCAAUUCGAGCAAUGGUGUCUCAACCAAUUUCUCAGAGUUGGAUCUGAGCAUUGUACCUGAGAAUGGUGACUUUUCAGAGAAUAGGUCUGGAGAUCUAUUGGAAGCAGUAGUUGCCAGUGUUAGCUCGUUUUCUGGUAAGAGUUCUUGUACUACCUUGACAAGGUCAGGGAAUACCUCUCUAUGUAGCAGUCAAGUACGCUCAUCUGUUAUCUCAAGAGAAAAUAGCAUGGUAUUGGGGUCAGAAGGUACUGUUUUCACUGAUUGGAAUCUGGGUAAGGCCAAAAGUGAUAUCCAGAGUACUGGCCUCUCGAUAUCUCGAGUUACCUCAUGGAUUGAAGAUGGUCAGAGCAUGAAAAAGGAGAGUGCCAUUAUUGGCCAGCCCAAUAAGGCAGAUGAGCCUCCGAAAGUGAGUAGGAAAAGAGCUAGACCUGGAGAAAGCACACGGCCAAGGCCAAAAGAUCGUCAGCAAAUCCAAGAUCGUGUUAAGGAGUUACGAGAGAUUGUGCCAAAUGGGGCAAAGUGUAGCAUAGAUGCUCUUUUGGAACGUACGAUCAAGCAUAUGCUCUUCUUACAGAGCGUUACAAAGCAUGCAGACAAACUUAGGCAGGCCAGUGAGCCAAAGAUGAUAGGCAAUGAAAGUGGCUUGGUACUGAAGGAUUACUUGGAUGGUGGUGGGGGAGCUACAUGGGCAUUUGAAGUUGGGUGCCAAUCCAUGGUUUGCCCAAUUAUAGUCGAGGAUCUUAACCCUCCCCGCCAGAUGCUUGUCGAGAUGCUCUGCGAAGAGCGAGGUUUUUUCCUGGAGAUAGCAGACAUAAUCCGAGGAUUUGGACUUACCAUCUUGAAGGGGGUUAUGGAGUCUCGGAAUGAUAAGAUAUGGGCUCACUUUGCAGUUGAGGCUAACAGGGACAUGACAAGGAUGGAAAUAUUUCUCUCUCUAGUUCAACUCCUAGAACAGGCCGCAAAGGGCACUGUGAGUUCCAGCCUUCAGCUGCCUAGAGUCAUUGGGAGUGGAAGUCAUUUAUUUACUUCUUUUCAAUCACCCAUUCCACCCGCCAUCACCUUAGCCGAGAGGUUCCAUUGAGCGAUCAACUCAUCAGUCACAAAGGUCUGAUUCACAAAUGCCUUGAGUGGGCAUCUCGUAUGUUCCUGCCAUGACCGGCAUUCCAGCUGCUGAAUUCAGAUCAUCCCCUGUACUUUGUCAAGUUAAUGUCUUGGUGAUGGGAGAUGGAGAGAAUGAGUGUGGAAAUAUUUCAAAGGAUUUGCAGGCGCUUUUCUUUUGAACAGUUUCCAAGAGGUUGAAGAAUGGAGGGGAUAAGUUUAUCAGUGAAGAGUUUUGAGGUUGGUUGCUUUUUGACCCUGAGACUCAUGCCUGGCCCUGGAGUUGUUUGCUGGCAAAGGAGAUGGCUAAUGGGAGAUGUUUGUGUCAAUCCAAAGCAUAAAAUGUGUAUAGAGAAAAGUUGGAACUGGUCUCCUAUUUUUGUACUUGUUUUAUAUAUGGAAGUUGAUAAUGGUUUUCUGUCGUGGUUGCUUAAAAUAGGACAAUAUCCUUGUCUUGAUAUUUGAGAGAGAGAGAAAGAAGAGGAUAUUCUUGUCUUGA